AUGGCUCUUGCUCUCAUUCGGCAUAUCCGACUGCUAUUCACAGACUUCAGAUACUUCUGGGUGUUAGCCCUUCUUGUAGUCAUUGGAGAUGCCAUUCUCUCAGAACUUAUCAUUCAUUUCAUCUCUUACACAGAAAUCGACUGGGAGACUUACAUGAUCCAAGUCGAACUGUAUCUUAAAGGUGAACGAGAUUACUCAAAGAUUUCUGGCCCUACAGGUCCCCUUGUCUACCCCGCUGGCCACGUGUACAUCUUCCGCUUCCUUCAUGGCAUCACAGACUCAGGGAAGAACAUACGAUUCGCACAACAUCUAUACGCGCUGCUCUACGUCUUAUCCGUCGCUUUCACUGCUGCCAUUUAUGGCAAAGCAGGGAACAUCCCAAACUGGUUGUUAUUGAUCCUUCCACUUAGUAAACGCCUCCAUUCUCUUUAUAUAUUACGUCUCUUCAACGACUGUUGGUCUGUUGUUGCUGUUCAGGCCGCGAUAUUAGCAAUUCAGAAUGAUAUGGACGAUAUCGGCACGCUCAUUUUCAGUGUUGCUCUGUCCGUGAAGAUGUCAAUUUUACUCUACUUGCCUGGAUUAUUGGUCAUCUUAGUGAAGCGGAACGGCCUUGUGUACACUUUACGCAAGACGUUGAAUAUAUUGGGAAUCCAAACGAUGCUGGCCUACCCCUUCAUUCACAAGGAUUGGCGUGCAUACGUCAAUGCUGCCUUUGACUUUUCUCGUGUGUUUCUUUACAAGUGGACGGUCAAUUGGCGUAUGGUGCCGGAAGACACGUUUCUAAGCCAAGGAUGGGCAAAGGGACUUCUGAUUGGACACCUAUCAGUGUUGAUCAUUUUCGGGCUCACGCGAUGGUGCAAAAAGGAUGGCGGAGUAUGGGUCGUCUUGGAUCGCGCUCUUCGUCGACCAACUCUUCCCGCCGGGGUUGCGCCAGUCACUCCUGAUUAUGUCGCCACCACAAUGUUCACUUCCAACCUAAUUGGACUCAUAUUUGCCAGAUCAUUGCACUAUCAGUUCUACUCGUGGUACGCUCAACAAAUACCUUUUCUAAUUUUCAGAACCAGAUACCCGAUGCUCUUAAAGCUACUACUCAUCGGAGUGAUAGAAUAUGCAUGGAACGUAUACCCAUCUACUAUAGUAUCAUCUUCCGCACUAUUGGGAGCAAAUGUGAUUACAUUAGCUGGCGUUUGGUCUGUUACUGCCUGA